CGCCCCGCCCCGUCCCCGCCGCCACGCCCCGCGUGACCCGCUGCCAGCCCGGACCGCCCGCCGGACGGACGAAUCUCCUGCUGCGAGCCAGGGGAGGUCCCAGGGCGGCUCCUCGCCAAGGAGAACAAGGAGUCCUGAGAGCUCCAUCCCAACUAUUUGUUCCCUGGUGUCAUCAAUGCUGCCCAAACCUGGGAUCUAUUACUUCCCCUGGGAAGUCAGUGAUGGCCAAGUCCCCGAUGGAAGCCCACUGCGAACGUUUGGCAGGUUGUGCCUCUACGACAUGACACGCUCCCUUGUGACCCUGACAGCACAGCACAAAUCCAAUCAGUGCCAGCUGCGAGUCUGCACCAGGCUGGUGGAGCCCUUUGAGCCGCAUGUGGACUUCCUGUACAUGGUUCUGGGGGAGCUGGAGCGUGAGGAGGAUGGAAGCUCAGUGGUGAAGGCCCGACUGCUCACCUGUGUGGAGGGGAUGGAUCUGUCCUUGUUAGAAAAAGCCAUCCUGGAGCAGAGGCUGUGCCUGCAAAAGAGGCAGCAGCCAACAGGAGUCACCAGCACCUUGCCAACCCCUCCGAGUGCUCCCAUUUCCAGUAACAGUCUUCAUCUGGAACCAGAAAGUGGUGGCCCGGCGGUGGGGGUGGGGCGGGGGAUGGAGGGGAGUCCUGGACUCUGGACUGACCCGGAAACGAAAACCCUCCUCAAGCCCGCCGUGGUGGCCCAUGCCUGUAAUCCCAGCGACAGGGAAGCAGAGUCGGGAGGAUCUGGAGUUUAAGGACAAUCUGAACUACAUGAGAUCCUCUCUCCAAAAUAUAUACCUGAUACCCCACCCCAAGGCCCUGGGGCUGUGACUUGUGAAAGACACAAAGGGUUGGUUCCUCAAUGUCCUCAUGAAUAAAGAGUGUGAGCCUCCAA